AUGUUGUAUCACACCACCCUCCUCAUCGCAAAGUUAGACACUUUGAAGUACAUUUUCAAGAAGCCAACAUUUUCAGGGAAAGUUACUCAUUGGCAAGUGGUUUUUUCCGAGUAUGACAUCAUCUACGUAUCCCAAAAAGCUAUAAAAGGAAACAUUGUUGCUAAAUUUCUAGCAGAUUGCACAAAAGAGGAGUACGAGCCCAUAAGUUUUAAUUUCCCAAAUGAAGAGAUCAUGUCAAUUUUGAAGUGCGAAGAAGAAAUUUUGAGGGUGUAUUUCGAUGGAGCAUCCAACAUGAUCAAGCAUGGGAUUGGGGUAGUACUAAUCUUCUCAAGUGGCCAGUACUUUCUCGCUACAGCUAAACUGAUGUUCACCUAUACGAACAAUGUAGCUGAAUACGAGGCAUGCAUUUUGGCACAUCAGAUCUCCAUUGAGAAAAAGAUUAGGGUUUUUAAUUUUUUUGGUGACGCAGUAUUAGUUGUUUACCAAUUAAGAGGAGAAUGGGAAACAAGGGAUUCCAAGCUGAUUCACCAUCAAACAUAUGUGCAUGGACUGAUUAAAGAGUUUGAUGAUGUUUAA